AUGAUCACCAAAGUCAAGAGUCUGCUCGAGCAGUUGGAGGAGCGCGUCGCCGUCGACGCGGAUACUUACGACGUCGACAUGAUCCGCUCGCUGCCGAUUGUGCCACACGACGCGACCAGUAACCAGGGGUUCAUCCAUGCUGCGCUUGUUGAUCCGCGCAAUGAGGAGCUUGUCAAGGGCGUUGUGGCCGAGAUGAAGGGCGCGUCGUGGGAGGAAGUAUAUGCUGUGUGUGCGGCGCGGCUCGCGGCCAAAGUCAUCCCCGUCAUCUCUGGGCGUGUGCUGGUGCAAGUCUCCACGAACCACGCAUACGACACGUCCAGAAUCAUCGCACACGCUCGUCUCUACGCCCGUGCAUACAAGGACGCCGGAAUCCCCUCUAAUCGUCUCGCGAUCAAGAUCCCGCUCACCUCGGCGGGUGUCCACGCCGCCCUCCAACUCCACAAGGAGGGCAUCACGACUCUGGGCACAGCCCUCUUCAGCGUGCCCCAAGCGAUCGCGGCCGCCCAGGCGAACAUGUACGCCAUCAGCAUGUACUACAACGAGCCACGGGCACACUCUGUCCCUGGUGUGUGGCCAGACGUGGCCGACCCAGCAACACUGCCGAUGGCCCCGCGGCAUCUCCAGAUCCGAGCGCUGUACGACGCCCACGGUGGACCGCAGAUGAAGACGGCAAGCUUCUGCGCGCCAAAUGACGUGCUGGUGUGUGCCGAGCUCGGCGCCGAUAACCUCACGGUCGGCAUUCCCCAGCUUACCGACUUGAUGGAGUUCUCAACGCUCCCAGAGUACAAGGCGGGGAUGUGGGGUAUCCCACUGAGCAGGCAGGCCAAGGACUCGGCGCGCGCAUGGCACCCCUGGGUUCCGCGGGACACGCGUGGGCCGGCGAUCCAGGCAUUCCGUAAUGAUGGACCGUUCACAUUCGAGACGGAUUACAUGGCCGACAAGGUGUUGGACGAGGCCAACGACGCGGACCCAGCGACAAAGGAACGCCUCGCAUUCGCUCUCCAGAUGUUUGCGGAGAUGGAGACACAGAGCCGCAAGUUCCUCGAGGGGCUGAUGGCCUCACACCUGGUUCAGACGCACGGCGAAAAGACUGCGCGUGCUGGUCGUCCCCGCCGCGCGGCAUGCAUUGCCUGUGUCCAAGAUCGCGUCGUGUGUGACGGCGUCCCACCCAAGAUCUGCAGUCGAUGUCGUGACGCAACCCGCCAAUGUCGAUACCGCCAUCUUGAGAUGGAGGCAGAGUUGCCCCCGUCUCCGCAGGUAUCGCUCUCGUCUGGCGUCGAACUGUCGCCCGUCGCACCGGCUGUCGGGCUCGCGGCGCUAGGCGACGCGUCCGAAGCUGCACGAGAAGACCUCCUCGGCCUCUGGCCAGACGGAUGGGCGUCCGACAUCAUCCUCUCCGCGACCAACCACCGCGGUUUCCGGCCCGUGGACGACUGGUUUCCAGAUGAACCAGUGUUUCCAGAGCGCGUUCAGGAAGACCAGAAAGGUUUCUGGGUUCCUGGGGAACCGGGGCCGAUCACGCCUGCAGUCCGCGCGACGAUGCACACUCUCACCCAACACGCCCACAGGCCGAUCUGGGCCGCAUCAGCUGCCUUUCCAUCUGAGAACACCCUCGCAGCAUACGUCAACCUCUACCUUCGCCACUUUGCCUGGCUGCCCAUCGUGGAUCCCACUUCCAUUGACAAGGCCGCACCACUGCUCCUUAAAGCUGUGGCGGGGCUAGGAGGUGUGUAUGCGCGCGACGGCAACCAGAUGAUGGAGCUGGUGCGCCGUGACCUCAUGUUCAUCACUGAACAUGACGCGCGGUUCACACACGACAUGACAGUCGUGCAGACAACCCUCUUGGCCUCGAUGUACGGCGCGUUCUCCGGCUCACUGCGGUGGGCUCAACACGCCGAAAGCAUGAGGCCAAGCCUCCUCAUCGACGCCCAAGCGUCACUCUUCGGCACUCUGCCCCUUGUUCCGAUGUGCGAGAUCGACACGCCCCUACCUGGAGGGGACGCGUGCUUUCCCGCCGUCCUCACCACCCUCUUGGAGAACGGCACGCUCCCGCCCACACCAGACGAUUUGGCAUUGAGCGUGCUAGCACACGCGUUGAACCGGAUAUGUCUCGACGCGGCCGCUGCGAGAGCGUUUGCGGCGUGGGAAGAGGAGGGCGAAUACGCACUCCCAGUGGCGGGGUAUAACAUUCACCCACAGGCCCUCCUCGACCAGCUGGCGCGGCACACACUCCGCCUCCCCGCGCCGUCGGCUCUUGUCGUCUCGUGUGCGGGUGUGGCAUACCAUGCGCACCUGCGUUUCUCUUCCGCCCGAUUCCUGGACGACGUCAAGGCGGCCGCGGGGCGCGGACCGGGUAGCGCGGAGGAUGCACAGGCGCGCCUUGGGGGAUGGAUGCGGGCAAACCCGCGUCGCACGCGAGACGUAAUGGCGCACGCGGUGAUGCUGUUCGUGCUCGUGGGGCAGUUCAGCUUUGACGCACCACCCGAGGCUGUGUGGCUCUUCGACUCGGCGCUGUGUAUGUGGGCCGUGCUAGAGUUGGUGGGAACGCCGACAGGAGACGCCAUCCCAGUGUCGUGGGCACCGACACCGGCCAUUGAGGCCUGGAUUGACAGCGGCAUUGGCUCGCUCGCGGUCCCUGGCGUCCGACUCGCGGAUGGUGGAUCGGCUGUCCUCAAGGCGGCGGCAGAUCGUCUCUCCGCGAGUCCGUGGGGCAUUGCUGCUCGGUACCGCCGCGUCCUACUUGGUUUGCAAGGCGAACAGCAAGUACGAAGAGGAGGCGGAUAG